AUGGAUCCCGCAGUAUUAGCCAAAUUGGAAGAUGGUUGGUGUUCAUUAAACUGCUCUGACAGCAAAUCUUUGCUAAAGAAAUAUCUGACAAAAGAGGUAUUAGAUGACUUAAAGAACAAAAAGACCAAAUUUGGAUCCACACUUUUGGACUGUGUGCAAUCUGGAUUUGAAAACCAUGAUUCGGGAGUUGGUAUUUAUGCUCCCGACGCUGACGCAUACACAGUGUUUGCGCCAAUAUUCGAUCCCAUCAUCGAGGACUAUCAUAAAGGCUUCAAGUCCACGGACACACAUCCAGCAAAAAAUUGGGGUGAUGUGAGCACUCUUGGUGAUCUGGAUCCAGAAUGCAAGUACAUAAUUUCUACGAGGGUACGUUGUGGCCGUUCACUGGAAGGCUAUCCGUUCAAUCCGUUGUUGACCGAGCAGCAGUACAAGGAGAUAGAGAAUCAGGUUUCUAGCACACUCACAGGACUAUGCGGCGAAUUGAAAGGAGAGUUUUAUCCCUUAACUGGCAUGUCUAAAGAUGUACAGCAGAAGUUGAUCGAUGACCAUUUUCUAUUUAAGGAAGGUGACCGAUUUUUACAGGCUGCUAACGCUUCGCGAUUCUGGCCGACUGGCCGUGGUAUAUUCCAUAAUGAGAACAAAACGUUCCUGGUUUGGUGCAAUGAGGAAGAUCAUUUAAGGCUCAUAUCAAUGCAACAAGGAGGAAACUUGGGAGAGGUGUAUACAAGGCUCGUAACAGCGGUAAACGAUGUGGAAAAACGACUUCCAUUUUCACAUCACAACCGUUUGGGAUUUUUAACAUUUUGUCCAACAAACUUGGGAACAACUAUCCGUGCAUCAGUUCAUAUUCAGCUACCUAAAUUAGCUGAGGACAAAGCUAAAUUGGAAGAAAUUGCUGGAAAAUAUAAUUUACAAGUUAGAGGUACUCGUGGAGAACAUACAGAUGCAGAAGGCGGAAUCUAUGAUAUUUCAAACAAGAGGAGAAUGGGUUUGACUGAAUAUCAAGCGGUGAAGGAAAUGAAUGAUGGUAUAAAAGAGCUCAUAAAGAUCGAGGAACAGUUGUAA